AUGGCGGACGUCGAGAUGACCAACGCUGAAAAGUCUGAGAGACUCCCUAUCACCGUCUCAAAGCCAACCCCCUACACCUUCGACUUGGGCCACUUGAUGGCCAAUGAUCCGAACCCGCUUGAGAUCUCAACAACCGAGUCGCUCAACGAUUCUCUCAGAGCAACUGCUCGCGAUGGCGCACAAUGUCUGCUUAACCAACUUUUGACAACAUGCACCAUCACCCAAUCCGCCGAGCACGGCGUGCUCCUGAGUCUCCCACCACCGAACACCCUGCUUCCCCGCCACAAGCCCCUGCCAACUCCUAAGCCUCCGACCAAGUGGGAGUUGUUCGCGCGUAAGAAGGGCAUUGGAAGAUUCAACACCACUCCCGGUGCCACACUGGCCGACAAGGAGCGACGCAAGAAGCUGGUUUACGACGAGGCUUCUGGCGAGUGGGUACCUCGAUGGGGCUACAAGGGCAAGAACAAGGGCGAGGACGAGUGGCUUGUUGAGGUUCCUGAGGACAAGUGGAAGAAGGAAGAGACUGCUGCUGAUAAGGGAGGAAACAUCCGAGGCAUGUCGAGGACUGAACGUAAAGAAAAGGUCAAGCGGAAUGAACGCAAGCAGCGGUCAAAUGAGAAGCGGGCGAAGAAGAAUUGA